AUGACAAAGAUUCAGCCGCGAGAUAGACAUGUUUCCUCUUUAGCCAGCGGAAGCUCUACCACUAAGAUGGCCCUUGUAUUCACUACCGUGGCACGGUUGGUCCAUGGGAUGCCCGUGGCCGCAGCCAGUGCCGCAUCUAGCGAGGAAGAGAUGACCAGUGAGCAGCUUUAUAUCAAUCUCCUAGUUUCUGCAUUUCUUGUGUUGGCCGGUGGUGUGUUUGCCGGCCUAACUUUGGGACUCAUGGGCCAGGAUGAAGUCUACUUGAAAGUGAUAGCGACUUCCGGCGAAGCCCACGAAAGAAAACACGCCAGAAAAGUGUUGAACUUGAUCGGCAAGGGCAAGCACUGGGUCUUGGUAACCCUUUUGUUGUCGAAUGUCAUCACCAACGAGACUUUGCCCAUUGUUUUGGACAGAUGCCUCGGUGGUGGCUGGCCUGCCGUCGUCACCUCCACAGCUUCCAUCGUGGUGUUUGGAGAAAUCAUCCCGCAAUCCAUCUGUGUACGCUACGGGUUGCAGGUUGGAGCUCUUUUUGCUCCCUUCGUGCUUUUCUUGAUGUAUGUCAUGUACCCUGUCGCAUACCCAUGUGCUCUUCUUUUAGACUACAUUUUGGGCGAGGAUCACGGCACAGUGUACAAGAAGUCCGGGUUGAAAACGCUAGUCACGUUGCACAGAACCAUGGGUGUUGAAAGAUUAAACCAGGAUGAAGUCACAAUCAUUUCUGCCGUCUUGGACUUAAAGGAGAAGCCCGUGUCGCAAAUCAUGACGCCCAUCAACAGGGUGUACACCAUGCCAUCAAACAAGAUCUUGGACGAGAAAACAGUGGAGGAGAUUUUCAACGCCGGCUUCUCCCGUAUUCCCAUCCACAUUCCGGGCGAGCCCAUGAAUUUCGUAGGCAUGUUGCUCGUGCGUGUCUUGAUCUCCUAUGACCCCGAGGACGCCUUGCCCGUGGCGCUGUUUCCGCUUGCCACUUUGCCUGAGACAGCUGCGGACACGUCUUGCUUAAACAUAUUGAACUACUUCCAGGAGGGGAAAUCACAUAUGAUAGUUGUCAGUGAGACACCAGGCGAACCCACGGGCUCCUUGGGCGUGUUGACCUUGGAAGACGUGAUUGAGGAAUUGAUUGGCGAGGAGAUUGUUGACGAGUCCGAUGUCUACAUUGAUAUCAACAAAAACAUCAAGCGUGAGAAUCCCGGGCCUCUUUACAAAAGGAACCUUACUGCCUACUUGCACAACUUGUACCAGUCCGGCUCGAAGAAAAACUCCCUUGAUAUGAGUCCAGAAGAUGCUUCAAAUACUACCAAGUCAAUUCUCAAGGCUAAGGCGCUCUCGGCUUCGCCCAACAGAAUGAGAAAUGCAAAUGUCUUGGGAUCGCCCAUGCUUGCGCCCGUGAAUCCUGCUGCAAAUCCUUUGGAGACCUCGAAGUCGUUUGUUAAAAUUAAGAGACCGGCUCCGUCUGACCCAGCCAGUGGUCCUUUCCCUAUUGACCGGGAGAUCCUCCUGGGCGACAAAAAAGCGAACCCUGAGACCUACAACGAAGUUUUCUCAUCUGAAAGAGAAGUUCUUGACGAGGCACGAGCCAACCAAAAGGCUGGAAACGAUGCCUCAUUCAUUAGAAGAACGCUGUCCGACUUGACUGAAUUGGAUCACACGAUUGAGCAUGCUCGCAACACCAACAAUGCAGGAAAUGGUAAUACUUUAUACCUGGAGCCAAGGUCAUACCGUACAGGAGGUAUUGUUGAAUCUAUUGUGAACGUGCAAGGUGUGCACAAGACAAUCAUCGAAGAUAUCACCGAGGACGAAGAGUCGGAACCUGAGUACGGGGCAUUCAACGGCUCAAGAAAUAAACGUGUAAGUCACGGGGAGGAGGAGAUGCAGCGCCUCAUUAGCUUUAGAUAA